AUGCCUUCCGAUGAACAAGUCAAUCUCGCAGUCGCAUCGUUACAGCCUGAGGUAUGGACAUCCUCGCUGAACGAGGCUCUUUCGAUUUUCAUCACAGACACAAAAGGGUCAGCGCAAUCGUUCAAACCAACAUUCACGUACCCAAUAUUUGGUGACGCGGAAAGCAUUUUUGGAUACAAGGAUUUGUCAAUUCUUCUUUGUUUUGAUGCCGUCACUUUCCGUCCAUUUUUGAAUGUCAAAUGGGGUGCCAAACUCGACCAAACCGAGGUAGACCCGAAGACUAAGAUGUUGGAGUUUUUGCCUGAAAGCACAGUGUUCAAAGACGAGUUGAAAUGGCGGGAGGAAAUUGAUGCGGAACUGCAACUGUACGAGAUUCCAGGAAAGAUUGUGGGUGAGCCUUUUUCUAGAGAUGGAGAACAGUAUGCCAUUUACAGACUAGAUUUGGCGUCGGAGCGUGGCAUCGAAUUACAAAAGAGGUUACAGAUUUUGGUUCUUUUGUUUAUCGAAGCUGGCUCUUUUAUCGAUUACCUGGACCCACUUUGGGACGUUUACGUCAUGUAUAAGGUGUCUGAUCCAAAAUUUCCCGAAGUUGUCGGGUUUACCACCGCAUAUAACUACUGGAAAUACCCUGGACAUGCGCUGUUUGACGAAGGGAAAGUGGAAACACGCAAAAAGAUCUCACAAUUUAUCGUUUUGCCAAUUCACCAAGGGAAGAAACUCGGAGGUGAAAUGUACCUGCACUUGUACAAGUCGUGGAUGCAAGAUGGAAAUGUGGUUGAAAUUGUGGUGGAGGAUCCGAGCGAAAGUUUUGACGAUUUGAGAGACCGUGUUGACUUUACUCGACUUGUCGAAACUAAGAAGCUUGAUUUGUCUUCGCUUACGGUAGCACAAGCAUCCGAUCCAAAGUGGUUCAAUGAGCUCAAAACAAAAGAGAAAUUGGAAAAACGCCAGCUCCAGAGAUUGUUGGAAAUGGCAUUUUUCUAUCAGCUCUCCCACAACAUCGCUUCCGACACGAAAAAGGCUGUACGUCUUUUCGUCAAGAGGCGCUUGUACGAAAAGAACAAAGAGGCAUUGGCUACGUUGGACGGGCCCACGCGUCUAGACAAGCUUCAGACAGCGUAUGAAGCGUUAGAGGCUGAUUACCACCGAAUUUUGGAGCCCAUUACCAUCAAUGUUAAGAGAGCGGCGCCUGCAGAUGAAGGCGUGGCUAGUAAACGGUCCAAAAUACAGUAA